AUGCCUUGGAACAACCAUACAGUGGUAACAGAAUUUGUUCUUCUUGGACUUUCUAACCAAACCAAGACACAAAUUAUUCUGUUCUUUGUCUUCCUGCUUGUGUAUAUGGUCAUAUUAAUGGGGAACAUCUCCAUCAUUAUUCUAAUCCUGUCUGAUGUCUGCCUUCACACACCUAUGUAUUUCUUCCUUGGCAACCUCUCAUUUCUGGAUCUCUGCUAUUCAUCUUCCACUGUGCCGAGGAUGUUGAAAGAUUUCAUGUCAGUAAGGAAAACUAUCUUCUAUGCUGAGUGUGCAGCACAAAUGUACAUUUCUCUCUCCUUUGGGGAAACAGAAUGUGCACUGCUUGUUGUUAUGGCUUAUGACCGUUAUGUAGCUAUAUGUUAUCCACUACAUUAUACUACAAUCAUGAAUAAGACAGUUUGUGUCACACUAGCCAUCGGUACAUGGAUGUGUGGGUUUCUUCUCUCUAUUCCCCAUGUGUCACUUACACUCAGUGUAGAUCUUUGUGGUAACAAUGAAAUAAACCAUUUUAUGUGUGAAGUGCCGGAAAUAUUAUCACUGUCCUGUGAAAACAUUUUAUUUAUUGAAUUUAUUAUAUAUGUUGUGGGUGUAAUUAUUCUCAUAGCUCCAGUCACAUUUAUUGUAAUAUCUUACUUUCAAAUAAUUUUAAGCAUUUUAAAAAUUAAAUCUGCAGCCGGGCAACGGAAAGCUUUCUCCACUUGUGGGUCUCACAUGAUGGUAGUGACAAUAUUUUAUGGUUCAUGUCUGGCUGCCUACAUGAAACCUAGGUCAAGCUCUUUUCCAGGAACCGAUAAAUUAAUUGCUGUUGUUUAUUUUGUUGUUACUCCAUUGCUGAACCCAAUGAUUUAUACACUUAGAAAUAAUAAAGUAAAAGCAGCUUUUCUUAAAUUUAGAUUUGGAAAACUCUUCUGCUAA